AUGGCCGAAUCCAAUCCUAUGACGGCUCUGCAGGCCGAUCUGGCUCGAUUCAGGAAGGCGUCGCUGUAUUCAGCUGUUGAAGACGCGGACAGAUUACUCGAAAUGCUCGUGCAAGCUAGGGAACAGAACUUCCCACUCCGUCAGCUACCUACCGAGCACGAUGCGAUGGCGACACAUCCGGAACUUAUCAAUAGAGCUAUCGCAAUGCAUAUGCUCCGUGAAGGCCAGUUCAGCGUCGCUUCGACCUUCCUCCGCGAGACGCACGAGCACCCGCUACCGCGGUCAACCACGUCCACCACGAACGCAGCUCCCGACAUCCAAUCCUUACAGUCUCAAGAACUGCAGGAGAAGUUCGCCAACAUGUACAGCAUCCUCAAUGAGCUCAAGAGGCGGAAUCUCGUUCCAGCCAUAAAUUGGGCACACCAGAACAGCGCCGAGCUCGAAGCGCGCGGGUCCAAUCUUGAAUUCGAGCUCACGAAGCUUCAGUUUCUUUGGCUGUUCAAAGGCCCAGAAGUAAACGGUCUCCCAGAUGACGACAGGAACGGUCGCAACGGUGCAUUGGCACAUGCCCAAGCCCACUUUGCCCGCUUCCAAGCCCGUCACCGUCCCGAUAUCCAGCGUUUGACAUGCUCCCUACUCUACGCACCCAACCUCGCCACGUCACCUUACGCAUCCUUAUUCGCCCCCGCAAACACAAUAUUUGACGAUGUGGCCACUUCUUUCACACGCGAGUUCUGCUCUCUUCUGGGACUCUCAGCCGAGUCACCCCUCUACCUGGCAGCGACAGCCGGCUCCAUCGCCCUACCUCAGUUGCUCAAGUACACAAACUACGUCAUGGCCAGCCGCACCGAGUGGACGACCGAGAAUGAGCUCGCUUUCGAGACGCCUCUCCCCCGGUCCAUGGUCUACCACCCCAUCUUCGUCUGUCCCGUCUCCAAAGAACAGAGCACGGAACAGAACCCGCCUAUGCUUCUCCCCUGCGGCCACGUGAUCUGUAAGGAGAGCCUCCACCGCCUGGCCAAGGGCUCCCGCUUCAAGUGCCCCUACUGCCCCUCCGAGGGCCACAUCCGCGACGCCCGUGAGAUCUCGCUUUAG